AUGUUAUUAAUAACCGGCUUAUGGUUGCUUGAAAGGAAUAGUGAGAAAUUGUCUGGAGGUCGCCGCAAGUUCACUCGUAAACUUGCCAUCAGGAUAGCCGUCUGGUGCACCUAUAUAUCAGCAGACUCGAUAGCAGGUGUCGUGGUCGGCAUACUCUCAAGCAAGCUUGGUGAUUUCAAUAAAGAAUCCGGUUCCCUGGAUGCGAACAGCAAGCUCAUUGCUUUCUGGGCUCCAGCUCUUCUCUUGCUCCUGGGCGGGCCAGACACGAUCACGGCUUAUUCCUUGGAAGACAAUGAACUGUGGCUGAGUCUCCUGCUGGGACUAAUAGUCCAAACCGCAGUGACAAUAUACAUCUACUUCAUGGCAUGGGCACUUUCAUAUCUGUCCGGUUUAGCCUUCCUGAUGAUCGUGGCCGGUCUAAUCAAGUUCGGGGAGAGGGUAUGGGUCCUUUGGCUAGCAAGUAGCGAUAAACUUAAAAAAUCCAUGCUAGAUCCCCCUGAUCCUAGCCCCAAUUACCCACAUUUCAUGGAGGAAUAUACUCUGAAGCAGGCUGAAGGUUUCCUCGCGACAGCCGAUGAAAUAGUUGAGGUUCAGGUGCUUGAGCAUCUCUCGGCCAACGAAAGCCGACCCGGUGGCUAUGAAGAGGUGGUCCAAGCCCAUCGCUUGCUUAAGAUAUUCAAGCGCCUGUUUGUGGAUCCGAUUCUCAGCUAUGACGAUAAAGAUGCAAGUUUAUCGGUGUUCAAGGUUAGGUUAUGCAAAAGUGUUUUUGAGAUAGUGGAGAUUGAGCUCGGAUUCAUGUACGAUUUGCUUCACACAAAGGCCAUGGUGUUAUAUACCCGAUGGGCCUUAUAUCGCCGCAUCAUCACUUUGUCGAUAACAUGCUUUGUAUUGGCAUGCUUCGUAUGGGUAUACUUCUCUUUUGGUAAAAGGCCUCACUACCCCAGCAUCGAUCUCGCCCUGACUUUUAUCUUGCUUGUUCUUGUCAUUCCCCUAGAGUUGUAUUCCAUAUUGUUGCUACUUUCCUCAGAUCGGACCAAUGUUUGGCUGAGCAACUGUGACAGUUCAAUCUCACGGGUGGUCAAGCCUCUCCAAUUGUUUAUACAGCCCAGAUGGUCAAAUUCAAUGGGUCAAUUCAGCCUUCUAAGUUUUUGCCUCCAGGAGAAAAUCCUACCCUGCCACAAAUUCCUGAAGCUGAUCCAUGUCCAUGAGAAGCUAGAGAAGUACCAUUACACGGAUUACAAAGAACUACCAGAUAUCAUGAAGGAUUUUAUUCAUGGAAAUCUCCAGCAGAAAUUUUACAAGGACAACCAGCUAAAGUACGAUCACAAGCACUUUUACACGCGUGCUUACAGGUUAUGGCAGUCCUGGCCUGACUUGGAGUACAGAUGGGAUAGGCCAGAUCCGGCUUCGCAAUACUUUCGCGGAGGCUACCAAAUUUUUAAAGAAAAGCUACUCUUAUUGCCUAGAAAACGUGGGCAUUGCCCCUCCUGCGGAGAUACCUGCAACAAGAUUUCGCACUUGUUCAGGAGAAACCGAGAAACAUCAGUUGAAAAUGAAGCUUGCCGAAAAGCCUGCAGGAUGUUGCUCGAAGUGAACACCGAAGUACCGCCCGCCAAAGUCAAAGGAGGCAGGAGCAAGUACGUCUUAUUCGAUGGGUGCAGGCUGGCCUUGGGGUUGAACGAGAAGUAUGAUAUUUCUCAAAAGUGGGAAAUGAUUUCCAAGGUUUGGGUGGAAAUGCUAGUUUACGCAGCGAGUCAGUGCAGAGGAGAUUGUCAUGCUCGGCAGCUCAGGCGAGGAGGAGAGCUCAUCACUCAUGUCUGGCUCAUGAUGGCUCACUUUGGCUUAACCGAUCACUUCCAGAUGACGCAAGGCCACGCCAUAGCUAAGCUUAUUCUGCGAUAG